AUGGCUGCUGAUUUUGUUGAAGGUAAGGACUAUAUCCGCCUGGCGACGCCGGUUGCGGUGUCUCAGCCAGGAAAAAUUGAGGUCGCUGAACUGUUCUGGUACGGCUGCCCUCACUGCUAUGACUUUGAACCUUAUAUUGAGCCCUGGAUUAAAACCCUGCCUGAUGAUGUACGUUUUGAGCGUGUACCAGGUACUUUCAGCAAACUGUGGAAAACUCAUGCCUCAGCUUUUUACGCGGCAGAAGCACUGGGUAUUGGCGAAAAACUGCAUGCUGACUUCUUUAACCGUAUUCACCAGCAGAACCAGCGUCUGGCAGACGAGAACUCUAUUGCAAAGUUCUUUGCUGAGUAUGGUGUAACAGAAGCGCAGGCGAAAAAAGCAUUGAAAUCUUUCGGUGUGAAAUCAAAAGUACAGCAGGCAGGUGCCCGUCUGAGAGGUUAUCAGGCGUUAGGUGUGCCAGGUAUGGUGAUUAAUGGUAAAUACCGUAUCGAUACUGGCAUGGCGGGUAGCUGGCCGAAUAUGCUGAAAAUUGCUGAAUUCCUGAUUGAGAAAGAGCGUCAGACUCAGUAA